UGUGGUUGUUGAGAGAACUUCACGACAGCCAUGAUCACGUUCGCUCAUGUCGCGGAGACGGCGCAUGUGUACCUCUCAUUCGCUAACAUACAUCGCCUGUAGGCCCAGAUGAUAACGGAGGCCUCGCGUCCCUGAGAAGCUCCGCCGCCAUCUAUUCAAAUCCCGCUCCUCCUCCGGUGGUACACCAAGUGCUCCCCGCAGAGCUCUCCAGCUCGCGACCCAUCCUUCACUGAUCCACCAUCCAUCGCCGCAACGAAGCCUUCUUCCCUCACUGUAUAAUGAUAUGAGAUGACAGCAAGCUCCAGCACUCGCCCUGCUGGAGUUGCGCCCAAGGACGAUGUCGAUGGCUCCUCCCAGCCAAACAAGGGCAAUGCAUCGACAGGCGUCCAGGCAGCGAGCAUUCGAGCCAUCACUGCGCGCGCCGUCGCCUUCUACUUCAGAGCUCCCGUAAAGGCCUUCUUUCGUGGCCGCAUCGACUAUCUGGGAUAUGCGCGCGCCAUCAACCCCCAUCUCCAACGAGCGGAGGGGUGGUCCUGGCGAGUCACUACGCCAGCACUGCUGGCACACGCAGUCAAGACGGAAGGAUGGAGCUUCAUUCCGAACCAGGUGCUGCCCCCGCUACUGGCGAAUACCUUUAUCGGCGCAGUUCUGUAUACGGGCUACCUCCAGACGCUGAACGUCCUCCACGAACCCACUGCGCAGCAGACGAAGCGGGUAUACCCUCCCCCACCCGUGACCGUAACCUUCACAGCCGGCCUCAUUGGCGGAGCCAUCCAAUCCCUCCUCGCCGCCCCCUUUGACGCUCUCCAGGUCCGCUUCCGUACGGCCGACAUCCUCCAUGGCCACUACAAAACCAUGUGGCACUACUCGGCACACAAACUCCGAUCGAUAGGCCUGCGUGGCAUCUUCGCAGGCUGGACCCUCAGUUUGCUGAAAGACUCCCUCGGCUCCGCCCUCUUCUUCGGCACCUUUGAGACCGUCAAAUCCCAGGCCUACUACGCCUUCAUAACCAAGUACUACUCAAGCCGCACUCGAGACGCGCUUCUGGGAUCCAAGAGUCUCAUCUCUGCUCCAGCCCUGGAUGAAUCCGAUACCCGCCCUGUCAUCAAACCCCACUACGCCAUUGAGCCAGCCUUCCUCCUCCUCGCCGGCAUGUCCGCUUCCAUCACCUCGCAGCUGAUCCAGCACCCGCUUACGGAGUUGCAAGAUAUUCACUACCGCCGCUUGGAAGCGUUAGAUUACCAAGAUGCGCACCAGAGCGCUUCGCGGCCCUCGCGCAUCAUGCAGCGGUACUAUCACGCCUAUGAAGAGACAUUUCGGCAGUGCAAGAAGUUGGCCAAGCGCCAGGGUGGCUGGAGGCGCUACUUGUACAGAGAUUUCUGGAUGAGCACGAUCAGGCAAGUGCCGAGUACGAGUGCGGGCCUGAUCGUGUUUGAGUUGGUGAGGAGAAAGUAUGCGUUCGAAAGUGAGGAAGAGAUGAUGAUUGAAAGAGAAGGUGUGAGAAUUUUGUUGACAUAGGACGUCGAUUCCAAGCGAAGACAGGCUAUGGACAUUUAGAAUUGGGAUGCAUUUGAGCGCAGGGCGAAGAUACCCAUCACCUUGAUGGUAUGAUAGACCUCUUUGUAAGUGGACCGGACCGCAUAUUGUAUACUACGAAUUAUCGGCAUUGCUUCAGGUUAUAGACAGGCAUUAGAAUAGGACGUAUUAUAUCCCGUAUCUUACUAUCACCCCACG